AUUUUUACCACAAACUUCUUGCCACUUCAUCCCACCUGAGCCAACAUCAAGGCUCCCAGCAGCAACGAUGAGCCAGUCCUAUUCAAGCAACCAGAGGGCUUCCUCCUACCGCCGCACUUUUGGAGGGGGUUCCCCAUCAUUCAGCACUAGGUCCUCCUUUGGGUCUAAAGGUGCUUCCUCUAGUUCAGUGUCUUCCAGAGUGUACCAAGUUUCCAGAUCUACAGCGGCCCCAAGCCUCUCCAGUUUUAGAGCAACAAGGGUCGCCCCAGUAAGAAGCAGCUAUGGAGCAGAUGUUUUGGACUUCAGUCUUGCAGAUGCAAUGAACCAGGAGUUCCUGCAAACCCGAACCAAUGAAAAGGUGGAGCUGCAGGAUUUGAACGACAGGUUUGCCAACUAUAUUGAGAAGGUCCGGUACCUUGAGCAGCAGAAUCAGAUUCUUGUGGCAGAAGUCAACAGACUAAAGGGAAAGGAGCCCACCAGGGUGAACGAGCUGUAUGAGGAAGAGAUGAGGGAGCUGCGCCGUCAAGUGGACCUUGUGACCAAUCAGAGGGCACGUGUGGAGGUAGAAAGGGACAACCUGGUAGAUGACCUUCAAAAGCUUAAGCAGAGGUUGCAGGAGGAGAUCCAGUUGAAGGAAGAUGCUGAGAACAAUCUUGCUGCUUUCAGAGGGGAUGUUGAUGCUGCUACUCUGGCCCGCAUAGACCUGGAGAGACGCAUUGAGUCUUUGCAGGAGGAAAUUGCAUUCCUGAAAAAGAUUCAUGAGGAGGAAAUCCGGGAACUGCAGGCACAGUUCCAAGAGCAACAGCUGCAAGUGGAGAUAGAUGUUUCCAAACCAGACCUGACAGCAGCACUCAGAGAUAUCCGGGCUCAGUACGAGAACAUUGCCGCCAAGAAUGUUGCUGAAGCCGAGGAGUGGUACAAGUCCAAGGUCAGUGACCUCAACCAGGCAGCUAAGAAGAACAAUGAUGCCAUGCGCCAGUCCAAGCAAGAGAUGAUGGAGUACCGCCACCAAAUCCAGUCCUACACCUGCGAGAUUGAUGCACUUAAGGGAACAAAUGACUCCUUGAUGCGCCAGAUGAGGGACCUAGAGGAAAAGUUUUCUGGGGAAGCUGCUGGGUACCAGGACACCAUUGGACGUUUAGAGGAAGAGAUCCGUAAUAUGAAAGAUGAAAUGGCAAGGCAUCUCCGCGAGUAUCAGGAUCUUCUGAACGUUAAGAUGGCACUUGACAUGGAAAUUGCCACAUACCGUAAACUGCUAGAGGGCGAGGAAAGCAGGAUCACUCUUCCCAUCCAAACAUUUUCUGCACUCAGUUUUAGAGAAACCAGCCCAGAGCAGAGGGCUUCAGAAGUUCACACAAAGAAAACAGUCAUGAUCAAGACGAUUGAGACCAGGGAUGGUGAGGUUUUGAGUGAGGCUUCCCAGCAGCACCAGGAGAUUUUGUAAACUGCCAUCAUGUCUCCUUGACCGUGGGCAUGCAACAGGAAAAAAGAUUACCCACAAUUCACAGCCUGAGGACAACCCAGCUGGACAAAUGGCAACUCAUGCUGUACCUUCACCACAUUACCGUCUGCACCUAUCACUUGUCCCUGAUCUCCAAGGACCCCAGUACCUGAGCUCAUAUUGGAGCUGCUCAGCAUUAUGAACACUCCUGCUAAGAGGCAUCCAUGUUGGGAAUGUCUCAGCAGUAAUACAGAGAAACCAGAAAUAAAAUCACAGUCACAAAGUCUUUCAGUUCCCAUUCAUUCUCUUAGAUAUGCUCUAAUGAAAAAUGUAAUAUUGUAUCUUGUAGCAUUAAAUGUACAAUAGCACUGUAUCUCCCCUGCAAAACAUACCUUGCCCAGAUAAUUAAUAUUAAUAUAUCCCCUACCUCAUCCAUAGAAUCCAUGUCUUUUAAUGUCCCUAGAUGGGUGUCACAAAUUAUCCAGCCCCUAACAAAUAUAUCAUGGCUGGACAACCUCUGACUCUACCAAAACUAUUGGACUGCAACUCUCAGCUCUGACAUGAGUAAAAGUUACUGGACCUGACAGCAAAUUCGUUAUAGGGCUCGAUAUACCAAAGGAUAAAAUAAAUUGCACAUUGGUUAGGACUUCACUGGGCCCUUUACAUUCACCAUUACAGCAAAAGGGUCUGCUUCCCAUAUUUUUAUGGCCCCGACUCCCAGUAAUAUCAUCUACAAGGCUGUAGACUGUCAUGGAAGAUACAGGCUGCUCUUCUUUCUGCUAAAGCCUUUAAAUAUAUCAGAUCAGGUAAAAGUAAAUUCAAGUCAUCAGAGGCUUAUGGGAAGUGUUCAUAAAGAGCUGAAGUAACAGAGGUUGCCUGAAUAGGCACAAAUGUCUAUCAAGCCCCUCUUCACUAGUUUCUAUUUACUGGAGAUGCUUUCACUGAAAUCCUAGGAAGCCCCCCAAUAGCCCCACACAAGUGAUUUUAUGAUCCUCCCCAGAAUGCACUUCACUAAGGGUAUGUGGAAUCUUGUGGAAGUUAUAUUAAGUGCUGAUAAUUUCAGGAAAAGCAGCUCAAGGCAAAAAAAAAAAAAAAGUGGAAAAGCACGUUACAUAUAAACAAGAUAAAAGGGAUAAUGUUAACGAAAAGAAAACACACACGGGUGGAUCUGAUGUGAGACAAAGGGUUUGGUUAUGUAUCUGCAGCUUGGGAACAUGCAUAGAACUUUAUUUUGUCUUUUAUUAGGAAUUUUUGGAUAUGUUAUAACUGAUAAGAGGGAAGGAAAAAAGGCCCAUGGUUCAAUAACCUUGCAAGCACAAUCCCAUUAAAUUCAUAGCCACGUGGGAGAUACAGCAGUGCACAAUAUAUUCUAUCAGAUCAGAUUUCUAUUUUUAGAAGUCCUGCGAAAAUAAAGGUUUCUCCUUGAAUCCACAAACUGUUUGUUUAAUGCUGAUUCACUCUAGGUGCUUUUUUUAACUUUUAUUUCACAAUCUAUAGU